UCACUAAAUGCUGUGUUUCUUUUAUUUCAGUGAAGGUGUGUUACUUGGUUAUGGAAAUCCUCUGCUGGACAUUACCAUCCAAGGGGCCUCGGAAUUCCUUGAUAAAUAUGACCUGAAAGCUGAUGCUGCUAUCCUAGCUGAAGAAAAACACAUGCCUAUGUAUGAUGAAAUGUUAUCAUUUAAAGAUGUUGAAUUCACCCCUGGUGGGGCAACAUUGAAUGCAAUUCGUGUAGUACAAUGGCUCCUGGAAAAACCUCAUGCUACCUCAUAUCUUGGCUGCAUCAGCAAAGACAAGUUUGGUGAUAUCUUAGAGAAGAAAGCCAAAGACGCAAAGGUGAACGUCAGUUUCCAGUAUACAGACGAGGCCCCAACUGGAACUUGUGGUGUUGUGGUCUCUGGAAGCCACAGGUCCCUGUGUGCCAACUUAGCUGCUGCCAAUUGUUUCAAGGAGUCUCACCUUGACAAGGAAGAAAACUGGGAAUUGGUUGAGAAAGCCAAAUAUUUUUAUAUUGCUGGUUUCCCCCUCACAGUGUGUCCCUCUGCUAUAUUACGUAUUGCUAAACAUGCCAGCGAAAACAACAAGACGUUCUGCUCCAACCUUGCCGCACCCUUCAUUUGCCAGUUCUUCAAAGAUCCACUCUCCCAGGUGCUGCCAUAUAUCGACUACUUGUUUGGUAACGAAGAGGAAGCCUUGGAAUUUGGUAAAAUGUGUGAAUUUGAUACUGAAGACGUUGAAGAAAUUGCCUGCAAAGCCUCACUUUUACCCAAAGAGAAUGCUGCCCGUCCAAGAAUUGUGAUCUUCACACGAGGUGCUAACUCAACAGUUGUUGCCAAAGAGGGGAAGGUGGAGAAGUAUGAAGUAAUUCCAAUCAGUUUGGAGGAGAUUGUGGACACCAAUGCUGCUGGAGAUGCUUUCGUUGGAGGUUUCCUGUCACAGCUGGUGCUGGACAAGCCCAUAGCCGAGUGUCUCCGAUGUGGCCACUACGCCGCCAACCUCAUCAUCCGCAGAUCUGGGUGCUCCCUGCCACCGAAACACAACUUCAAAUGAUGAAGCUGCAAUAACCACGACAACAACAGCAAUAACGAUAACAGCAAAAAAAGAUGAACGGUAAAAGAAGAGGAGGAGGGAGAAGUGGCGAGACGAGAAGGAAGCUGGGCGAGGUGGAUGGUGGUUGUGAUGGGUUGGGUAGGGUAGGGUAAGGUGUUGAUGCUUGCACCUGCGGAUGGGCUGGGUAAGUGUUUCGGUCGGCGGGGUAGGGUCUACUCCGUCGGGGGUUGGGUCUUCGUGAAGAAUCGGGUGUCGCACUUCAACAUCACUCACCUCUCCCUCUGGCCGGACUUGUCCACCUCGUACGCACACAUUAGAAUACGAAAGACACUCCGACAUGAGAUGCAACAAAACGCACACCUAACUUUAAUCCCCCCCCCCCAAAUCUGUACUCCUUUCUGUACUCUUCUGAACUCCUUUCUUGCCAUACAGAGUUUUCCUUGUU